GCCAUGAAACGGAUAUCUGCGUCCGACACUGUUCCCACCCCUCCACCUAUACUAAAGAAAGCAGGUGAGCGGCCGCCCCCUACUAGUUUAUGGAGAUCUUCAUUCCAGUCAGUUGACAAAAAAGAAGGUAACUCUGAGGUUAAAGCCAAAGGCAGUGAAGAGAGGCCUCAACUGUACGAUCCUUGCAGCCCUCUGUCGUCUGAUUCUGAAUCGGAGAAGCCAAAGACUCAACACCACAAGCCCUCUCCAAAUAUUCAGGAUAAAAGCGUUGAAUGUCAGCGGUUGUCUCCAGACAGACGCUGCCGUCAGAGCAGCCCCUGGGAAUCUCACCACGCUGAACCAGGGAGACAACUUGUUGACAAACAUAAUUUUCCCACAAGACCCACAGAGAACCGAGGUCUCAGUCCCAGGCGCAGCCUGCGUGAAAUUCAUGCUUACAGCCCAGAAAGGAAAACACUUGACCGUCCAGGUUAUGGAUUGAAGGGUGGGCCAAAGGAGAAGAGGGUUUGCAGUCCUGACAGGGUUCCUCACGGCUCCUCUGACCAACCUUACAGAGGCCGAAGGACUAACGGAGAGGAGAGAACAACACUGCCCGAGUACAGGAGAGAGAUGCCCCCCACACGUAGGCCCUCCCCACCUAGGUUAAAGCGAGACCAUCAACAGUUGGGACAUGUAGAAACAGCUGGACUCAACCAAGAUCCUCUGCCUGCAAAGGUGACCAGAGAGGCAGAAAAAGCUGUACCAGUGGACAGGUGUCCCAUCACCUGUGACCUCUGUGAUGUUGAGCUGGCUAAUGCACAAGAGCUGGAGGAUCAUCUGGACUGCAAAAGCCACUGGAACACAUUGGAACACAUCCAGCAGAACAAUAAAUACGAUGAUCUGGCCAUAGCAUUCCUGCAGGAAGUCAUGCUGUAUAAAAGCCGCCACUGUAGCCAAGCAGUGGAGGAGAAGGCACUUCAAGCUCUACAGGAAAAGGAUCACAUGACAAAAGUGGAAAUGCUUCAUUGUGCAGCUUGUAAAGUCUACGUAUCCACAUCUGCAGCUGAUGUGCACAUUCACGUUACCUCUCAGGGACACCUCUCUAAAGCAAAGGAGUUUGAGGCGGUGCAGAGACAUGCUUGCCUUGGCAAAGCAGAAACGAUGCUGAAGGAGCUUAAACCACAGUUUGAAGACUUCCUGAAGGGUGGAUCCCCAUUUGAAUGA